AUGAAAGACCCCGGCCAUCGGACGUACGAAUAUCUCCCAGCGGGUGGUUUCCAGGCCAACUUGGAUGACGAGCUGGACUACUUGGGUCUUGUGCCCAAGAUCAAAGUCCGGGAGGUCAUGGAUACACUCAAGUCUCCCUUGUGUUACCGCUAUGAAUGA